GGGGAUGGCGAGUGCCGCGGGCCAAGAAAGCGAAGCUGCAGUGUCGCUUCAACGGCUCGUCGAGUGUGCCUGUAGCUUUUGCAAAGGCGAGUUAUGUGACACGUUCGCAAUCGUGCUCCUCGCUGUUGCUCGUUACUCGUUGCUCGUGUCUCAAGGCUCGUGGUAUCGAGAGCCUCUUACGCAGCUAGCACUGCGCGUCAAAUGGCCAGCAUUAGAUGGCAAAGAUGGCAAAUUCGCAGUUGCUUUGGAAAAUUGGGGCGAGCAGAGAGCUUUUUUUGAUCAGGAAGCGGGAGGCGAAAAUGGGCUGUGGGUAGUGAGAAUGCUGGGAGACGGAUCACCAGACUCAUCGGGACGAGUUCCUGAAGGUACCUGUUGCUUGGCCUGCCUAUCUUGGUUUGUGCGCCCAUAGGUACGGCAGCACUGGGUCACGGCGGCGCGGCC